AUGAAUAAUUAUAGGAUUGAUGAUAUUGAUGUUGACACUACAAAUUUGACUUAUGAGUCUGAUGAAAUUACAGUCAAUAAUAACAAACUUAAAGUCAUAUCCGAUAACAGAAAUGAGUAUAGUGACGACGAAGUUGUUGAUGAUUAUAAUUAUGAUGAACUAGAGGAUGAUUAUAAUUAUGAUGAACUAGAGGAUGAUUAUAAUUAUGAUGAACUAGAGGAUGAUUAUAAUUAUGAUGAACUAGAGGAUGAAAAUGUGGAUAAGGAUGAAGGUGAAGAUGAAAAUGAUUUAGAGGAUGAAAGUGAUGAUGAGGAUGAUGAGGAUGAAGUCGAUGAUGAUGAAGAUAAAAAAGCCAAUAUGAAACGAAUGAUGCAUCAUAUGUUUUAUAUACAACGAGUUUUGUCAAUACUUGUCCCUCAAGAAUGA